ACGAUAUACAACUCUCAUGAGUUAAGUAGGACUAGGUGUUAUGUCUGCCAAGGAACCCACCCGACAACAGCUCUCCUCUCGCUUACAUUACCAAUCCCAUGUUCCUGCAUUCUUGCAGAAAUUUCAGAAUAAAGUUCAGGGCAUAACGGACGAAGACGAAGAUGAGCCACAGUACUAUGAUGACGGUUCGGGACGUCCACCAAUACCUGUCCGUCCUGCGAUACCCGAACGACCCGACGAUGAUCCUGGAAGUGUAGACGAGGAUGAUGUUGAUGAAAGACCUCAGGUAGUUGUGCUGAAAGAAGGCAAGCAUCUCACAGAGAGAGAAGCAGAGAAUGAGAGGCGGAAAGUUGAGAAUGAUACCAAGGAUGAUGCGAAAUCAGACAUGAAUUCCUCGAAGAAGAAGCAAAAAGAGGCUGCCGUCACUCUGUCGUUUUCUUCUUCGGGUGCGAAGGCCCAACAUUCUAACAAGCUCAAGCGAAAGGUUGUCGGAGAUUUGGAUGGCAGCGAUGAAGGCACCAAAAAAGCAUCGAAGAAAAAGUCGAAGAAAACACGGAAGGGACCACUUUCAUUCGGAGAAGAUGCGUAGUUCAAGUCUUGGGCGUAGUAAGUUCUACUCUAAUUUUUGCAGUGACGAUUC